AUAUUAAAAUCUCAGUAUUGACGUGAAUAUGGCGACGUUACGUGCGAGACUUCUUGCUGUUACAAGUGCAUUAACCAAGAAAAAAUCAUUAAAUUUUUAUAAGCAUGAUAUACAAAUAGCACGUACAACAAUGGGACGAGCAUUUUCAAUGAAAACAAAUCCAGAUUUUGAGGACAGAAAAGUCAUGGUUAAUGGCUUCGAUAUCAACUAUGUUAAAGUUGGUGUUGGUAACCAUACGGUUCUUUUAUUACCUGGUGCCUUAGGAACUGCCUGGACAGAUUUUAAACCACAACUGGAAAAUCUCGAUAAAAAUAAAUUAACCAUAGUAGCGUGGGAUCCACCUGGGUAUGGAAAAUCGAGACCACCUAACAGAAUAUUUUCUGAUGACUUUUUUCAACGUGAUGCCGAUUAUGCUUUUAAUUUAAUGAAAAAUUUAGGAUAUAAAAAAUUUUCUUUAAUUGGUUGGAGUGAUGGUGGUAUCACUUCUCUCAUACUUGCUGCUAAGAAUCCUGAUAACGUUCGUAAGAUGGUCGUAUUUGGUGCGAAUUCUUACAUUAUUCCUGAAGAACUAAAAAUUUACGAAAGUAUUAGAAACAUCGAUACGUGGUCGGAUAAAAUGAAACAACCAUUGAUUGAAAUUUAUGGAGAAGAGUAUUUUAGAAAUACUUGGUCCAGUUGGGUAGAUACCAUGAAAAGAAUAUACGAAAAAAACAAGGGUGAUAUAUGUAAAAACGAUUUGCCUAAAAUAAAGUGCCCUACUUUAAUUAUACAUGGGGCUAAAGAUAUUAUUGUAAAGCCAGAACAUCCAGAUUAUUUAAAAGAUCGUAUACCAAAUUCCAAAGUAAUAAUAUUUGAAAAAGGAGCUCAUAAUUUACACUUAAGAUAUCACGAGGAAUUUAAUGCCUUGACAACGAAGUUCCUAAUAGAAGAUUAAAAACAUCUUUCAUUUUGUCAUUUUUUUAAUAAGGACAAAUUCUACGAUAUUUGAACCUAGUAUCAUAACCGGAUCGUUGAACGUCAUCAAGUAAGAAUGGUAUAGAACUCGAAAUCGUUUUUGGUCGUAGCUCGCCGAAAGAGGCUUAACGUUUCCUUUGCCCACGCUGUAUCGCGAUUCUCCUUUCUCUGCUUGGGUUCUGAUGCCGGUUAUCCCACGUACGUCCUCCGUGCCAGGUCAUACGAUCGACGUGCCCGGUCGUGGCGAACCGACUAAGUACCUAGAGUGGUGCCUCUUAAAAAACAUAAAUCAAGUGUCACGGUAUUAAAUUUCUCCUCUUCUAUGGCUCCCCUCUUUUCUAUUCUAAGAUGUUCGAACGAACAACAGUCUUAGCAAAUUUCCAUCGAUCCAUACUCCAUAAUUAAGAAUUUCUCUUACAAGUCUGUCAGCAUUUUUUUUCUAUAGCCAGAUGAUCGAUAUUAUUUUUAAUUUCACAAAUAUUUCAUUAUUUUGAAGUUUUAUUAUAAGUGACAGGUAAUGAACGUGAUAAGUCAAAGGACAUAUAAUUGAUUAAAUCGUUUAAUUAAUUGUUCUAGAUUACUUUCUAUUUCUAUCACAAGAUUAACAAGAUUAUUAUUACGGUAACAAGCUGUCGUAAGUACGGGAAGUGUCGCUUAUGUAAUGCCAAGGCUAUGGAGUCAUUUGAUGAAG